AUGUCGCAGGUCAGCGUGGUGCAUUACAGUCCGACUUCGCAGCAAAAGUUGAACAUUUUGCAAAACACGAACUUGAACCACUCGAAAACGAACGAGAGACAGAUAAUUGUGCUACGAAAACCGCAACCGAUACUUCCGCAAACCAAGGACGUAUCGAAAGACGAAAUCCUCAUUACAAAUCCUGGGAAGAAGGGAACGAAAAAGACCGGAAAGGAGAUCAGGACGAAUCCUCAGCCGGUGGCUGUGGCCAGGCGAAAUGCCAGGGAACGGAACAGGGUGAAACAAGUGAACAACGGCUUCGCCAACUUGAGACAACACAUUCCGAACUUCAUUGCUCAAGCUUUCGAGAGCAAUACGGGCCGUGGUGGCAACAAAAAGCUAAGCAAAGUGGAAACGCUUAGAAUGGCUGUGGAAUACAUUAGGAGCCUAGAAGAUAUCCUGGCUAUGGAUGGUAAUGGUCAUCAGAACAUGCAAGAUCCAGGCAGAAACAAUGUGUCACCAGCGCCAGCUAAUUACAACGACUCAACCAACAGUAGUAUGUAUUCCUUCGCCAUGUCUCCGUCAGAGGAUGACGACGAGUUGUCUUCGGUCGCGACUCCUCCGCCGCAGCAGCAGUACAUCAGAAUCAAUACCUCCAACAACACUUACGAAAUAAUACCCAAUAAUUUACUGGAAAAUUCGGAAAAUAUGGACCCGAUGACGAUCCAAGGCACCAUGCUGGCGGAUCCAAGUCUAAUCGACCAGGAUCUGGAGUUCGGUGUUGAUACUCAGGACCUAUCGUAUCUCCACUUGAAUAGUAUGCAAACGACCGGAUCGCUCAGUCCAGGUAUGUAUAGUGACAACUCGCUCAGUCCCGCCGAGUCCAAAAUGUUGGACGCCCAAAACUGUUUUAUACCAGUGUUCGACGCUGCCAAACUAAGUGGGAACUUCAAUGUGCAAAUUAAAACCGAAGUGAAAGAGCUGCCGGUUAUCUCGCUAAAAACAGAAGGUGAUUUGUCCGAUUCUCAAAAGCAGCUGGUAGACGUUAUGAACUGGUGGGACGUGCAGCAAGAUCAGACCGCUCAGAGCUAG